GCGCGAAACAGUGAUCCGUUUGAGGUGACGAGGACGAAGGGGGGGCGCAGACUGCGCAGGAGGAGGCUUUCAGCUCCCAGGCUCCAGGAAGCAGCAGGAGGACAACGAGGCGAGGAUGCGAGAAGGCGAGGAGCGCAGGGAGCGCGAGGAGAGGAUUGGUAUUUGUGUGUUCAGGUUUCUCAAGCAGUGGGCUGAAUGCGUAACCGGGGCACCGGACGGGCCAUUCCGCUCCACUCCUCCGCUUCCCCGCUCGGCACACGCCACCUCCGCCUUCCCACCCCGCGGCCUGUCGCAUCAUGCUGCCACACCUCCUCACACGCACGUAUACACGUACGCAACCGCAGCACCGCAUGGCAGCACUACCGCGAAGGGGGGCAGAGCAUCCAGAGCAAGGCCCGAGGGUGAAGCUCCGACGAGCCAUCACACGGCCCUAGCUCCUCGCUUUCGCGAACUCACGAUCGUGAAAUGCUGCAGCCAUCUGUCACCUGAUCACCUGGCCACAUAGGGCAAAUAGGGCAAAGAAACCCCUUGUGAUUCGCCGGUGAGCGGCUGAUGAUUGUCUCUUCAAACGUGCCCACGCGCGCCACGCGGGCGCGGACGC